AUGUCUCGGGACCGGCGUGUAGCCAAGGAGCUCAGGGACAUCGAAGCCGAUCAUGACGACUCAGGCGUCAACGCGACUCUCGUCAACAACGACUUGAAGCAUCUCAAAGGAACAUUCCCUGCGCCGCCCGACACCCCUUAUGCUGGAGGCACCUUCACAGUCGACAUACAAAUCCCGGAUCAGUAUCCUUUCAAGGCACCAAUGAUAAGAUUUGACACCAAGAUCUGGCAUCCAAAUAUCAGCAGUCAGACGGGCGCUAUCUGUCUCGACACUCUCAGCUCCAACUGGUCUCCCGUCCAGACCAUCAAGACUGCUCUUCUCUCCCUUCGAAUGCUUCUCGAGUGCCCAAACCCCAAGGACCCGCAAGAUGCCGAGGUUGCAAAGAUGAUGAUAGAAGACCCCAAGCGCUUCGCUCUCAUGGCCCAUGAAUGGGCUGUCAAAUACGCCGGUGCUCCACGACAAGACGUUGACGUCACUAAAUACCAAAACGACGUCGCAGCUGCUCCGGUCAAGGAUGAUGUUGCUCGACUUUCUGGAUACAACAGAGACCUUGUCGAACGUUUCGUGAACAUGGGCUUCGCAUUGGAUGAUGUUGUCGAGGCCUUCAUUCACUUCGGCAUAGAUCGCAACGGAGGCCGAGACUACGAACUGGAAGAGGCUUACAUGGGGGAUGUCGUUUCCAGACUACUGCACGAAAACUAA